AUGUAUAACACAGACUUGAAUUCAAACCCAUUAGUAGACGAUAAACUUUUAUCUUACAAUUGUAUUUCGCCAUGGUUAGGACCUUUCUGUCGUUUUACAUUUGAUUAUAAUAUAGAUGAAACCUUCAAUGAUAUAAUUCGAUGGAUUUUUGUAAGUAAAGGAAUCAUAUAUCAAGAUAUCAAAGUGGCAUGUUAUCAAUCUCAACACUUAAAAUGUGACACACUAAUUUCUUGUUUGGAUUGGCGUGACAUUUGUGACAGAAAACAUGACCGUUUUGAUGGGUCAGAUGAGAAACAUGGUUGGAAAUUAGAAAUCAACCAUUGCGCUGAGGAUGAGUAUCGAUGCCAUAAUGGUCAAUACAUACCCGUUGAAUUCCUUCAGGACAGUGCAAUACAAUACGAAUGCUUGAAUAAAACAGAUGAAAGUUUUAUUCCUGGCUAUCAAAAAGAAUGCCAUGGGCAGUUUAACUUUCAAUGUGAAGAACACAUGUGUCGACCGGGUAUUGUACAAUUUUCAUGCGGAGAUGGCCAAUGUACGAAUGGAAUAAUUAGACGUGACAAUGGUCGUAGCAGUCUUUUGCUGCCUGAUUUGUGCUCAAACGUAACUGCUUGCUCCAUGAUAACCAUGGGUUUUGUCGAUCGCAAAUGGUGUAAAAAAUUUUGUCCAAAAUUAAUGUGGCUAGACAACACUAGGUCUUAUGAAAAUUUGGAAGAGAUUGUUAAUGCUGUUAGAGAAAAAUUUCGUGCACGCUUAGUGAUUGUUGAUGAAAACAAUUAUUGUAAUUGCUCAACAGUAUAUCAAUGUCAGAACUCAAAAAAAUGCAUUUCAAAAUCUCGCCUUCUCGAUGAUCUCGUUGCUUGUCCUAUUGGUGAUGAUGAGCCGUGGAAUCAAAGUUGUUCGUUGAGCGAUAGAAACCAUCGUUUUAAAUGUUACGAUGAAGAUCAUGACAAAUGUUUUGCGUUGUUGGUUUAUCAAGAUCCAAAGAAAAACUGCAAAUAUGUCGAGGAUGAAAGGGGUGAAUUUGGAACAACCCCAUCUGAAAUCAAUAUCAAUAUGCUGUUUCAAAACAUUUGUGAUGGAAAACAAGAUUUUCCUUCAAUAUUAAUCGAUGGUCAUUACGAAACAGAUGAGACAGAUUGUCAAGUAUGGCCAUUGAAUUGUCCUCCCUCGACUUGUCCUUCACUUGAACAUUCUUGUGUAUUUCCAAAUGACACAUCAAAAAUUUCAUGUUUACCUAUUACACGAGUUGGCGAUAAUAUUUCUGACUGUCUUGGCACAACAGAUGCACGAAAAUAUUUCUGUCAAUUUGUUACAACUUUAAAACGUCACAAAUUUAUGCAUUUCAAAUUAUCUAAUUUACCUACUUAUCCAACACUGUUAAUGUCACAUGAUACAUCAAAUCUAUCACCAGACCGAGCAGAACCUCGUCUAGUCAAAGAGAAUCGACCAAAAAAUGUAUCGAAAAACUAUUCCGUACAAAUCUAUGCAUACAAUCAAAUGACAUUAAAUUAUCGAGCUAGUUGGAUAUUUUCAAUUAAAUUUCCUUUUCUUCCUGUGUAUCAUCCAGCUGCAGUAUUGAAAGUUCCAUUUGAUAAUGUGCAACCUAUUCAAACAUGUCGAUCUCCAUACAUUCAUGGUCAAUGUUUCAAUUAUAUUAAUAAUCCAAAUUCAACACUUUGUCGUUGUCACGCGGGUUGCGAUUCCAUUUGUUUAUGCCGAUUGGGUCGAUUUGGUGCUCGUUGUUAUCUUCGUCAUACUUUGUGUGAUUCUAACCCAUGUUUGAACAACCGACAAUGUUUACCAUGGGAUCCUAGUUUAGGUACAGGCAGUCAAAAAAAUGCAAUAUGUAUUUGUCCACCAGGAUAUAUGGGAGCACAUUUUCCUUCGAAUCGAUGCCCAUCAAUUAAUGAAAUAUUCAAUGAAACUUUUGCUACUCAACAUAUAUUAAAACGGAUCAAACGGUAUCAUGUACCAUGUGAACAAUCCUUUAAUUUAAUGUGUUUCCAUGAUAAUUAUUAUAUCUGCCUAUGUAACCUUGAUUAUCAAUCGAAUUGUUUCCCAUUUGACCAUAACAUGACGUACACCUGCACAGGAUACAAUUUCUGUAAAAAUGGCGGUUUCUGUUUUGUUGAUAAUCGUAAUUGUCCAACAUCCUCAUUUUGUGUUUGUCGUCAAUGUUAUUUCGGAUCACGAUGCCAAUUUUCUACUGAAGGAUCAACACUUUCAUUAGAUAUCAUAUUAGGUUAUCAAAUAAAAACAAAAACUUCUCUUUAUUAUCAGCCGAAGAUUCUUAAACUUGCUAUUGUCUUAACAACAAUUAUGUAUGUUUUUGGUAUCGUUAAUGCUUUUCUCUGCUUUCAAACUUUUCGAAGAAAGCAAACACAAAAUGUUGGUUGUGGUCUCUAUCUUUUGGCUACAUCCAUCGCAUCCUUUGCAACUAUGUUGAUAUUCAAAAUCAAGUUCUGGUUUCUCUUAGCAUCAAAAAUCGGUUGGAUUGGUCAUCGUUCGUUUUUAAACACACAAUGCACAUUUUUUGAAUUUAGUCUUCGACUUUUUCUCAAUGCUGGUGAAUGGCUCACUGCUUCUGUAGGCAUUGAACGUGCUGUAAAUGUUAGACAAGAAAUUCAUUUUAAUAAAACAAAGAGUAUUCAAAUAGCCAAGGGGAUUAUUUUAUUUGUUUUUAUUGGUAAUAUUUCUACACUUAUUUAUGAUCCAAUGUAUCGUCGUCUUAUUGAUGAUGAGGAAGAGCAACGUACAUGGUGUGUCACUAAUUAUUCUCCAUCGGUAGGAAUAUUUGAUGUAGUGAUAAAUAUUUUUCAUUUCUGUAUUCCAUUUGCAAUGAAUUUUAUAUCGGCAUUAGUUAUUAUUUAUAAUACAGCUUAUAUACGUGCAAAGUCACACGAGAAAAUUUCGUUCAAACAAAAUCUUUAUAAACAAAUCGCCGUGGAUAAACAUUUGUUAAUCUCUCCAUUUAUUCUCAUUAUAUUAGCGUUACCUCGUCUAAAUAUUUCAUUUUUAUUCGGAUGUAUGAAAUCGACUCAUGAUUCGUGGUUUUAUUUGAUGGGACCUUUCAUUUCAUUCAUUCCGUCGACGAUAACAUUUGUGGUAUUUGUUCUACCAUCAGAUUUGUACAAGAAAGAAUUCAAAUAG